UGUUUAUCCAGUCCGUGUCACGUGUCCGAAUCUAUUCUGUUUUCGGGCGGCACGGCGAGCUGGUGACAAUAUUCUGGUGUCCAUUCCAAAUUUCCAAAUUCCAAUAAUUCGAAUACUAUCGAUUAAAUCAAAACCAUCGAAUAGUUCAAAUGGUCCGGACUAUCGAAUAAUUCGAUAUUACCCAUCACUAGUCGUAUCAGGACCGAAAGAAGUUUCAUUAAAAAAAUAAAAACCGCCAAAAGACCUAAAGAUCGAUAUUUGAUUUGACCUAAUGGCGAAUACGGAAUAGGUAUUUUUASAUUUUUAGUACAUCAUUCGGUAUUUCGGUCGCGAUCCGGUCACUCGACAGCUUCAUACUUUCAUAGAUACUAAUAAUAUACUAUAUUCGUUCAUUUUGAUUCAUUCAGUCGCGAACUCGCGACCAUCGCAACUCUACGUUGAAGUAAAUAUGGAUACUCAGAAAACAUUGGAUAGUUUCAUCAAAAGUAGAAAAAGGCCAACCAACGAAGAUGGUUUGCAUAAAAAGGAACUAUUGAACAAUACUUUUGGAUUAAACAAACCAACUAGAAAAUUGUCAUUUGAUUCUACCUUACAGCAAACUGCUAAAAAGCAAAAGGUUGAUUCUGGUACAAUACAACUAAUUGGCCAAAAUAAUUUAAAUUCUUCUAUUGUUAAAAACACUAAAGUUGCUGAAAACAUUUUGGAGAGAAAAGAGACUGAAGAUAAAAAUGAUGUCCGUUCAGAGAGAGCAACAACYCCGGAUCAAUCACCAUCAACUAAGGCCAAAUUACGUAAAGAAUUGGAUUUGGGUGAAUUUCGUAAAAUUGUUCGUCGUAAACACAACCUUAAGAAAUUACAAGAAAAGAUCAACUCAGUUGAACAAUCACAAAUUGAUCUUAACUUUGCAAAAUCUAAAGUAGAUGCUGCCAAAAGCCAUUAUUUAUCUUCGUUUAAAUCAGUUGAUCUCAUGGUUGAUACCAGCCCAGUAAAAGUUGGAUCAAGUCCAAUAAAACGAUCUCAACUUAAACCUACAGCCUUAUUUCUCACUCCAGCCCAAUCUAUGGUUAGUCCAAGGAAAGGAAUGAUGACCUCUCAGAUGACACAGGCCAAAGAAUAUGUUUCGCCUAGAAAGUUAUUAGAUGAAGUAGGAUCUCUUUUGGCUAUGUCACCAUCAAAACGAUAUGCUUUGACUCGCGAUAUAAACAAUUUCAAGGGACCAAGCAAAAAGUUCGAUACUUCGGAAGUUCGUUACAUCGAAAGCAUAAAUCAACAAAAUUCGUUUAAACGAGACUUAAAAUAA